UUGUUGAAGCAAUUUAAUCUGGAAUAUCCUAGUGGUGUUUGAAAAGAUGGUCGUUAGUGUUUAAUUCUUUGUGGGCUCAGAAACACGUCAAGGUGAAUUUAAAAUCAAACGACCCAAGACAGGCGGACGAUCAAUCACAAAUGAAUGAGCAGAAAAAGAUCGAAGGACGGCUUGCGAUUGGCGAACGGGAAGUUGGCGAGGGACUUGAAUCUUCCGAGAAAAACUUCGAGGAGUUUGACUUGAAAUGCGGGCACACUCCCGCAGCAGAUACACUUUUACGGGAAACCAUUAGUCAACUAGAAACCGCGUUAUGCGAGUCUACAAAGCUGUUAGCCCAACGGGACAAUGAAAUUAACAGUUUAAGAAACGACCUUGAUUCGUGCCGUCGAAAUAGCGAUGGAAACGUCAGCGCCGCCCUUGAUGAGGAAGUCAAGAAUUCUCAGAAGCGAGUUCUCGAUCUGGAAAAGGUUAUACAACAACUUCAACAAGAUAUCGCAAUUUACAAAGCGGAGCGAGAGAGUAUGCUAAUGAAUGCUGAUCAACUUGAAGAUGGAAGUGCUACGGGACAGACUUGUUAUUGCGGGUCGCUGUGUGGUGCCAUGAAAGAAAUGGUUGAAUUGAAAACGAAACUACAGGUAACAGAACAAAAGUACAGCAAUCUAAAACGAGCUUUCAAGAGUUUGGAACGAAGUAAGGUUAGGGUUGGAGUUGCACAUCGGGAUAGCCCUUGUAAUAUUAGCUAAACUGGAACAGUCUAAGGGACGAAGACAGGGAUACGAAAAAUUACAUGAUUUGUAUAGUCAGGAAAUGAUAUAAUGUUAUAUUUUUAAUUCGGGUCUAGCUCAACGGGUGUUACUGAAGGGCUAAAACUUGGGAUUGCAAUAGAUAUCUCAACUGUAAAUUUCAAAGGUUUAUGAUUUUUCCUUCCUUUAUUGCCACGCGUUUCUUUUCUAAAACGUUACCUGUCUGAUCAGUAUUUUUGGCGGGAAAAGGUGGCGCGAUUAGCGCUUUUGGCGGGAGGUCGCAUCGAGCCACCCGCAGCGAAAAAAGGAGUUAUCGAAGUACAAGUUUUUUUAAAUACUCUCUUAACUCAAAAAAGGAGUUAUCGAAGUACAAGUUUUUUUAAAUACUCUCUUAACUCAAAAGAAAACUUUUAGUUAAUUUUAAUGAAGUAUCCCGUAGUCUUUUUGGUUAAAUUGAGUUACUUGUGAGUUUGACACCGAAGGAGAAAUUUUAAUUGAAUGAGUUUUUCAUCACUUCUCAUAAAUAGGAAACACACACGAAAAGUUUAUAUCAUCAACUGGUAUUGUAUUCCAAACAAACUAAGUAAGUUUAUUUAUAUUUAUACCUUUUAUGAAACGAGGCCGACAAUCAAGUCAGAUAGUCUAAUAGGAAAAACAAACAGAAGUUAUUUCAACAAACUCGGAAGAUACUAGAGUAUACGCUAUCAUGGCUAGUCAAAGUUUAAUGAUUUCAAUACAAACUGACGUUUGAGUCAGUGAAUAUGUUACCAAAAAGCAGUUAAAGAGUUGAGAUGUCCGCCUUCGAGGACUCUUUACUACAACUUUUUGCAGUUAUUGACAGGAGUAGCUUUCUCAGGAUAAAUUUCUCCUUGGGGAAUUCACAAGAAAUCAUAUUGGAAGAUGUGGCUUUGAGUAAGUCCCAAAAUACCAGAUUAUAGCUUUGUUAAGCAGUUACGUUCCAUGAAAAGUCCCUUUUCAUGCAAAGAUUACGGAUCGAAAACUUCGGCCUCUCGUAAACUCAAGGUUACUGACCAUUUAUUUCUUUGCCUUUGCGGUCAUAUUUUUAAGGGGGGGAGGGGGGUGUAUGAGGACAAAACUACAACCGCAAAGAACUCAAAUACAUCGAAUUUUGAACGCGCGCUGAAAUGGGAACAAGGUAUGCCGGAAGUUCCAUCAACUUCUACGUGAUUGGAUCCUGUAUAAAAUGAAAGGUGUUCUUAUUACGAAAAUUUCCCGCUUAAAAAAAAAGAAUAAAUAGGUCUAA